GGCAGGAAAUGACGAAGGCAGAGGUCGUCCAGGUCCGUGCGGUAACCGGUUCCCGCGAGUCCGGCCCCGACUCCGGGGGAAAGGGCCCCGAGCGGAGCAGCCUGAUCGCCUGCCGCCUCCGGAGCGAGCAGUCCGCAUGCCUGGUGGUUACGGAGUGAUGGGUGACGAUGGCUCUAUCGAUUACAGCGUCCACGAGGCCUGGAACGAAGCCACCAACGUUUACUUGGUAGUGAUCCUCGUUAGCUUUGGUCUCUUCAUGUACGCCAAGAGGAAUAAAAGGAAAAUUAUGAGGAUAUUCAGUGUGCCACCAACAGCAGAAACUUUAUCAGAGCCCAACUUUUAUGACACAAUAAGCAAAAUUCGUUUAAGACAGCAACUGGAAAUGUAUUCCAUUUCAAGGAAGUAUGACUAUCAACAGCCACAAAACCCAGCUGACAGUGUGCAGCUCUCUCUGGAAUGAAUUCUCAGAAGAUGAGCAACACAAGUAAUUGUUAAACAGUAUAGUAGCAAACUCCUAAUGCUACUAAAUCAUGAACAGCAUGUUUUAAAAAUCUUCUGUCUCCAUAAAAUCAUUUUACAUGUGACUUUUUCUCACUUCUUUUGGUGUAUUUUGUUUGUUCUUUAAAAUUUCAUCUCCGAGUCAUUUGUUACACAAAUAAAAAAUGGCUCCAAAAGCCUGAAAACAGGAGGAUAAACUAUAACCAGAGAUGGCGAUUCAAAGACUUUUGAUUUCCUCGGGAUAUAAUCAGGCAGGAGUGAAAACCCAUCUUUGAAAGUGAGAAUCUGGAGUUUAUGCCACUUUGAGUUCAACAUUUUUGCAAAAUAUAAAAAAUGAAGAUCCAGUCAUUGGCAUAAUUUCCUCUCAGAUUGUAUUCUGCAAUCAAUGUAAUAUGGAUCAAUGGCUGAUUUGUGUUGUCAUUCCACUAUUUAAUUGCAUUAACUAUUUGCUUCUUCAGGACUUGGCAUAGUAGACUGUUGUUUCUAUAGCAUGAAACAUACCCAUCUGCUAAUUAUGGAAGCUUUCUGGAAUUUUUUCCCCAUUAAUUGUGUUCCUAGGUGUGUGUUUGCUAUUUUCUUUAAUCUUACAGUUUCAUUUCUACCAUAAGAGUCUUCUUUAGACCAUAUUGGGACCAUGUUGCCAAAUAAAUGGGCACCUCUAAAUUGGUGUUAGUAACUUGUUUUUCGGUCACAUGACUAUCAAUGUUUAAUGUAACUGUCUGGUUUCUUAUGGGUUUUUUUUUAGCAUAAUAAGCUUCCCUGAAGACUCUCAUAUCUUGUACCAUUUUGUACUAUAUAUUGAAAUGUUUUUACCCAAUUCUUCAUAUUUAUUUAAAUAAAAGCUGGUUGGAGGUAGUGUCAGGGAAGUUUAACUAUCCAUGUAACUGCCCAAGAAUUAGAAUUUUUCAAUCAAAGGUAUUUUUUAUCCUCACCCGAGGAUAUGUCUACUGAUUUUUUUUAGAGACGGGGGGAGAGAGAGAGAGAAAAACAUCAAUGUGAGAGGGAAACAUUGGUUGGUUGCCUCCUGUACAUGCCCCCAACAGGGGAUUCAACCCGAAACGUAGGUAGGUGGCCCAACCUCGGAUCAAACCCCCAAAGUUGUGCAUAGGAUGAUGCCCGACCAACUGAGCCACCCAGCCAGGGACUCAGAGGUACUCUUAAUUCUAAGAGUUAAUAUUUUAGCGUUAUUUUCUUUUCCCUUUAUAAUUGUGAAGUGAAAUAAUAUAAGUUUUAAAUAAAAAGGUUUAAACCAAAUAAAA